AAGACACUGUAGAAAGAAUUGACGUUUUACAUUUUUUGCUGCUGCGCCAGACACUACUUGACUGUACCCUAUCCCCAUGUGCCAGUCCAGCAGCUCCUCACAAGCAGAGUAUCUUCACUGCAGUGCUUGGAAAAGGAUAAGCGGGUUGGGAGUUUUGAGUUUGUUCAAGCACCCAUAGCAGAAUCAAGUUACAGAGAAAGGAGGUGGGCCCAUGCAAAUCACAGCUGGUGUUUUUUAAAAAACCAUUGCAGGUCUGAGGAGUUAAAUGCAAAGUGAAGAGGGUGGAAUUCCCGCCCCGGAUACAAACUUCUCUGUUGCAACUCUCUCACUCCAGCUCCAAGUCACCUGAAGGGAUGCCGUCCCAGAGAAAGAGAAACUACCACUGGGCAUGGGAACAUAGUGGCUGACCCACAUUUUGCUCUCCUUGCUUCUUCAUACUUGGGAGCAUCCUGAAGGGGUAGUGCUGUGGGCUGGUGCUUCUUUAAAACAUAGAAGUAAUAAAUAUCCAACUACAACAUUUUUUGUCUCAAGCCCUGCCACUUUUUCAAAAGAGGGACACAAACUGUCCCCCUUCCUGCUCCUCAAGUGAUGCCCCCACAGGAGCUACUGGAUUACUUGCCCACCUUGAGAAGAUGCAGCACCCCCAGCCAAGGCAGUGGCUCUGAGCUGGGCAUCAAGUGUGUCCUCAUAGGAGAUGGGGCUGUGGGCAAAACCAGCCUGAUUGUGAGCUACACAACAAAUGGUUAUCCAGACCAGUACCAGCCCACUGCACUGGACACCUUCUCAGUUCAGGUCCUGGUGGAUGGGGCACCACUUCGUAUCCAACUGUGGGACACUGCAGGACAGGAAGACUUUGAUUGUCUUCGUUCACUCUGUUAUCCUGACACAGAUGUCUUCCUGGUCUGCUUCAGUGUAGUAAACCCCACAUCCUUCCAAAACAUUACAGAGAAAUGGAUCCCAGAAAUACGAACUCACAAUCCCCAAACUCCAGUUGUGCUGGUGGGAACACAAGCAGACCUACGAGACGAUGUCAACGUGCUGAUCAGUCUGGACAGCUACCAUGUAAGGCCUGUGCCGAGAACUCAGGCUGAAGGCCUGGCUGAGAAAAUCCGGGCUCAGACUUAUGUAGAGUGUUCUGCUUUGACUCAAAAAAACCUGAAGGAAGUUUUUGACACAGCCAUUAUCAGUGCUGUUGAGCACAAAGCCCAACAGGAAAAGAAAAUGACAGCCAAGGGAAUCAAAACCCUCUCCAAAUGUCGAUGGAAGAAAUUCUUCUGCUUUGUCUGAAACUGGUUUGGCAAUGAAGAGGCCUAUAAACCAGGAUUGGACCUCACACUUGCUGCCACAGAAGGCAAAGUGUCUGUCUAAAUAGCUUCAACAAGGAGAACAUAGUAAGCCUAGGUGACCUGGAGCCCCAGCAUUUGCUGGUUUACGGUAGGACUUGCCUGGAAGACAGGAAGCAGACUUGUGUAGCUCCAGGAUACUGCUCUUUAAGCAACUGGGAUUGUUUGAUGCUUUGUGUACUGAAUUCAGUAUUAAGAAACAACCAAGCUUGUCAUUUUAGAUACCCAGAUAGCAUGGGCAGUUUCCAGAACCUCCCAAAGGCUUCCCAAUAUCUUAAUUAAACCCAGGAGGAGCUGGCACAGUGGAGUGGUGCUGAACCACCACCCUCCUGACAGCAACAUUGCUGCCAUUUACAGGAUAGGAGCAAGGGUGGAGCUGAGGGGGUACACUGGCACGAGUGCUGGAUGUGUCCACGCAUCCCUGACCUUGCUGCCACCCUGCCCAGCACCAUCCCAGUAAGCAGCAGUGAGGCUGUUGUUAGGAGGGCAAUGGCAUGUCACCACGACAUCGGCCGCUCCUGAUUAAACUUGAGAUAUAACAUCUUCAGAGUGACAUCAUUGUUUUCAAGGCAAAGGUAAGGAUAAGGAGAGACAACAAUGUAAAAUAAUGUGGUCUGCUCGAAUGAAAAUGUUGUUUAAACUUUCCCUUCAGUCCUGCUUGAGGAAGUGGAAUUAGCCCUCAAGAUACCAUACAGUAGGGUGCUUUAUGUGAAGGAGUAUCUGCUGUGUGGCACACCCUUAAAAGGAAAAAUAAUUUCCUAACAAAAUGAGAUGGUCCCCAUUCUGAAUCAGGGAUGAUUCUGACACAUCACCUCGACCUCAUGGGAUGGUCUUGUUUUGAAAUAGCCCCAUGGGAAAUGUAUUUAAUAUUUCUGGGAGGGAAUCUUCUGAUAUCUAAAUGAAUAUUUCCCUGUUAUGAGGGGCCUAGUGCAUUUGAAAGAAACAUAAGAUAAUUCCCUUUUGUGUGAAACCACUAUUGUUAAGGGUGAGAAGAUACAACAUGAGUGGGGGAAUGUCAAAAAAAGGAGAAGCAUGUGACAGAAAGAACAGAGAUGGGUGGGAAAGGAGAGAAAGAGCUUUAAAAAGCUGAAAGGGAGGGAUAGAGCAGUCUUUGCCAACCUGGUGCCCUCCAGAUGUUUUGGACUUUAACUCCCAUCAGUGCAGCCAAAGCAUCUGGAGGGCACCGGGCUGUCAGAGACCAAAAGAAAGGAGUGCAACGUUUAGAGAACGUUGGCAGAAAGUUUUUUGAGUGCUGGGAAACCCUUACUGACCUCAUCUAUUGAAUGUUAGUACCUCAGAUUCAAAUGAAGGAAGCAGCCCUGGGCAUGGGGAAAUAGUCAUGGAAAUAAGAUGUUUAAUGUGCUGCACUAAAAGCAAGGAGAGACGGCCAUUCUUCCUGUAUCGUGAAAUAACUGGCAUUGCUACCUACGGGUGGCAUGUGAGAGCCAGACGUUCAGAAUGAUAGAGUUGUACCACAACCAUCAGACAUCCCUGGAGCAGUAGAGAUCCCACCAAUGGAUAAGAAUCCUAAUGCUAGCCUGAAAGAGGAGUGUGGCUGCAAGUUUUUCAGUUUUUCACUAGAGAAAAGAAGCAACACUGUGUUAGUAAAUAUGCUUCCAUAUUAGAAAUAUGUCAUUCGUGAAUCUAAAACUGAAAAUGGUCUAAGUGGGAAUAUUUUCAAAUCCACCAGUUUCUUAAAUAUCACACGUCAGGAAAUGUUGACGAGAAGCUUUGCUUACUUAAAUGAUGUCUCCAUAGGCAAGGUGUGUGCUGGAAAGCUUACAUAGGGGACUAUGUAUGAAUGGUUCUUUAGGCCACUUCAAAUGUGAUGACACAAAUAGGAUUUCUGUGUAGGAAACAGCAUUCCAAUCAGGCAUUGAUCCUCACACGUGGUAAUCAUAUGUAUUUCCUUUUUUCCCAACUGUGGAUACACUUGCAAGCUCAGUCAUAACUUCCCAGCAUUUGUACACCUUGUAUGAUGAUCUGCAUGCAGUUAGCAUGUUGGAAAUGUCACGUAUGAAGCAGUCCUUGAACAUCCCUGUUUUAGAGUUGCACAGUACACUUUUGCUGUAUAAUGAGAAAACGUAUGUUGGGUCUUAUGCAUUUCCAUUGUACACAAGGGAAAGCCCUGGUAUGAACUUUAUGACAGCCUUGUGUUGAGGAUCAAAUCUCAAAGGGAGUGCCAACAGCAGGAGUUCACAGGGACUAAUCAUGCUUCCCUUUUCUACAGGACUACUAAGGGAUGCAUGGGUGUUGUCAGCUCACAUUGCAGCAUUGGACAGAUUCCAAGGACUUCUUCCUGGGAAAGAAAUGAUACUCAAUCCUGCUCCCAUUGCCCUAGAGACUGUGUAUCAUACUUGUUUUGUUUUGUUUCCAAAUAAAGAUGUUCUGUUUGAG